AUGGACCCAGCACUGCAGCAGCAAAUUCGCACAGAGCGCAUUGUUCGCAUGGAGGUACAACGGCGACAAGCGAAGGGGACGUUACGUGUCAUUGACAACAUGAUUCGUGAGAUAGACGACCAACUCGCGUACGUGUCGCAAUUUAAGAAGGAGUGGCUUCAACAUCAGCGCAAAUGCGAGGAGGUUCGGCAGGAGGUCGUCAAGGAGGAAAUAAAGUUACGAUCACAGUUUCUGGAGGAGGAGAAAGAGGAGUUGGAAAAGCUGCUGAAACUCGUAGGGCAUGAAAAGGGUGGCCAGAGGUACUAA